UGAGAUGGCUUUCUUGGAUCCUGCGAGAGACAAUGUCACUGUUACACAUAUUUAUCAAUUUGUUAGCCAAAGGUAAAGGAAACAAGGGAAUGAUGAAAAGUGGGAGCAAAAGAAAAGUAGAAAAGAAUUCCAAGAAAAUUAAAAGUAUGAGUGGAGAUAGCAGACAAAGGUAGAAUACUGAGGUGAGAGAAAGUGAGAUGAGAUGAGAUGAGAUGAUGGUUUAGGAGCUUCAAAUAAAGGGACCAGACCGUAGAGUGGAGGGUGUAGAUGAUGGUGGUGUGGUAUAAUAGAAGAUGAAGUGGAACAAGUAGCGGUUAGUCACUCUCUCUCAUCACUCUCUCUUUCAUGUCUACCACCAACAAAACCCACUGAAGCAAAUUAUCAUGAUGAAUCUCCCUCUGCACCCUGCACUCCGAAAAAGCGAUUACCAUCCUCAUCAAAACCUUCCUUCCCUUAAAUUUACCCCUUUCAACACCAGCCCCUCCUCAUCCACAACUCCCACCACCCCAAAACCAUGAAACCUUUUCUUCUUUUUCUCACAUUCUCCUUCCUUUGCCAAACACACCCACUCCUAGUUUUCUCUGCCACAACCCUGCCCCUUCAACUCAUCACCCUCCUCUCAAUAAAAUCCUCCCUCUUAGACCCUCUCAAUAACCUCCAUGACUGGGACCCCUCCCCCACUUCCAACUCCAAUCACCAAGACCCAAUAUGGUGUUCAUGGAGAGGCAUCACAUGCCACCCCAAAACAUCACAAAUCACCACCCUGGACCUCUCCCACCUCAACCUCUCCGGCACAGUCUCACCCCAAAUCCGCCACCUUUCCACCUUAAACCACUUAAACCUCAGUGGAAAUGAUUUCAGCGGGAGUUUCCAAUCCUCUAUUUUUGAACUAACAGAGCUGAGAACUCUAGACAUCAGCCGCAACUCCUUCAACUCAACCUUCCCACCCGGCAUAUCAAAGCUCAAGUUCCUCAGAUUCUUCAACGCUUACAGCAACAGCUUCACCGGCUCUCUCCCCCAAGACUUAACAGGCCUUCGUUUCCUCGAGCAGCUCAACCUCGGCGGAAGCUACUUCAGCGGCACAAUUCCACCAGGUUACGGCACUUUCCCCAGACUCAAGUUCAUAGACUUAGCAGGUAACAACUUGGUAGGUCCACUCCCUCCCCAGCUAGGCCACUUGGCUGAACUGGAACACUUGGAAAUCGGAUACAACAAUUUCUCAGGAACAUUGCCCCUGGAACUGGCAUUGCUGUCUAACCUCAAAUACUUAGACAUCUCAACAGCUAACAUCUCAGGGAACGUGAUCCCGGAGCUGGGAAACCUCACCAAGCUGGAAACCCUUCUGCUGUUCAGAAACCGGUUAACAGGGGAAAUCCCACCAAGCAUAGGAAAAUUGAAGUCCCUGAAAGGCCUUGACCUGUCAGAUAACGAACUCACAGGACCCAUCCCCACACAAGUCACCAUGCUAAAGGAACUAACCAUGCUCAACCUAAUGAACAACAACCUAACCGGAGAAAUACCAGAGGGAAUCGGAGAGUUACCAAAGCUGGAGACUCUGUUUCUCUUCAACAACUCACUCACCGGAACCCUACCUCAGCAACUAGGCUCCAACGGUUUACUACAGAGACUAGACGUGUCCACAAACUCACUGGAAGGUCCAAUCCCUAGAAAUGUCUGCAAUGGCAACAAACUGGUGAGACUCAUACUCUUCCUCAACAACUUCACCCGCUCUCUCCCACCCUCCCUCGCCAACUGCACCUCACUCACUAGGGUUCGCAUCCAAAACAAUUUCCUCAACGGUUCCAUCCCCCAAGGCCUCACGCUCCUCCCUAACCUAACGUUCCUCGACCUCAGCAACAACAACUUCCAAGGUCAAGUUCCAGAACACUUGGGAAACUUGCAGUACUUCAACAUCUCCGGAAACUCCUUCGGAACUCCCCUACCUUCCUCCAUUUGGAACGCCACUAAUCUUCAGAUCUUCUCCGCGGCUUUCUCCAACAUCACCGGCCAAAUUCCCGAUUUCAUAGGCUGCCAGACACUCUACAAGCUCGAAUUGCAUGGAAACGCCAUCAACGGAACUAUUCCCUGGGAUAUCGGACACUGCCAGAAACUCAUUGUGCUAAAUCUGAGCCGAAACGCACUCACCGGAAUCAUUCCCUGGGAAAUCUCCGUUCUACCUUCCAUCACCGACGUUGAUCUCUCUCACAAUUCUCUCACCGGAACCAUACCAUCGAACUUCAACAACUGCACCACGCUCGAGAAUUUCAACGUCAGCUUCAACUCCCUCACCGGUCCGAUUCCGUCGUCCGGCAUCUUCCCUAACCUGCAUCCUUCCUCCUACUCCGGGAACCAAGGCCUCUGCGGCGGCGUGCUGGCGAAGCCCUGCGCCGCGGACGCCCUGGCCGCGGCGGAAAACCAGGUCGACGUCCGGCGGCAGCAGCCGAAGAAGACAGCAGGUGCAAUCGUGUGGAUCGUGGCGGCGGCGUUCGGAAUCGGGCUGUUCGUGCUGGUGGCGGGGACGCGGUGCUUCCACGCGAACUACAAGCGACGGUUCGGCGACGAGGUCGGGCCGUGGAAGCUAACGGCGUUCCAGCGGCUGAACUUCAGGGCGGAGGACGUGCUGGAGUGUUUGUCGAUGUCGGAUAAGAUACUAGGGAUGGGAUCGACGGGAACGGUUUACCGAGCGGAGAUGCCAGGUGGCGAGAUGAUAGCCGUGAAGAAAUUAUGGGGAAAACAGAAAGAGAAUAUCCGACGGCGGAGAGGCGUUCUGGCUGAGGUGGAGGUGUUGGGAAACGUGAGGCAUAGGAAUAUCGUUAGGUUGUUAGGGUGCUGCAGCAACAGGGAGUGCACCAUGCUGCUUUACGAGUACAUGCCCAAUGGCAACUUGGAUGACUUGUUGCAUGCAAAGAAUAAAGGCGAUAAUUUAGUUGCUGACUGGUUCACCCGGUACAAGAUCGCCUUGGGCGUCGCUCAGGGAAUUUGCUAUCUUCACCACGACUGUGACCCCGUCAUCGUUCACCGCGAUCUCAAACCUAGCAACAUUUUAUUGGACGCUGACAUGGAGGCCAGAGUCGCUGAUUUUGGUGUUGCAAAGUUGAUUCAGACCGAUGAAUCCAUGUCUGUCAUUGCCGGAUCCUAUGGCUACAUUGCUCCUGAAUAUGCAUACACCCUCCAAGUGGAUGAGAAGAGUGAUAUCUACAGCUACGGAGUGGUCUUAAUGGAGAUCCUAAGCGGAAAACGUUCGGUGGAUUCAGAAUUCGGAGAUGGGAACAGCAUCGUGGAUUGGGUGAGGUCAAAGAUAAAGUCAAAAGACGGCGUGAACGAUAUACUGGACAAAAAUGCAGGUGCAGGGUGCACUCCGGUGAGGGAGGAAAUGAUCCAAAUGCUUAGAAUUGCCUUGCUUUGCACAAGCAGGAAUCCAGCGGAUAGGCCUUCAAUGAGGGAUGUUGUGUUGAUGCUGCAAGAGGCCAAGCCAAAGAGGAAAUUGCUUCAUAGUGUUGGGGACAAUGUGCUUGCUGUUGCUGACAUUCCUUUGCCACAAAAGCCAAACCUCGAUCAAUGCUAGCUAAUGUGUUUAUAUGAUUGAAAUGUUUUCUUUCCUCUUUUUUUUGGGAUAUUUUUCUUAUUGUGGGGGGAUUGGUAUAGGAGAAAGUCAUUUUCUGUUUUGCUUCCAAUGUUAUGACUCUUGUUUCCUAAUGCUUAUAUAUUCAAUACUCACAUGCUUGCCUCCCACUAGUAACCACCAAGCACCAAGUAUUCGGAAACACCUGUUACCAAGUUCUCAGUUGAGUUCUAUAAGACUAAAACAAAAA